AUGCCAGCAUCCGUCUCCUCUUGUCUGCUGGAGUCCUGUCCCUCUCAGGAAAGGUGUCUCCAAACGGCGACAUCGUCUACUUCCCAUAUUACGGCCGUUGUUCCUCAUCCAGUCGCCACGGAUCUGACCGUAUGCAUCUUCUCUCCGACAGUUUCUCCCUCCACCUGCGAACUGGACCCGCGAAUAUGGCACCGCAUAGAGAAGGAGCUCUACUUAUAUACAUCUCAGCAGAGUGCAUGGCUGUAUGUGGCGCUAGCGAAUGAGGAAGAGCUUGCAGCUGAGGACCUGCUGGUUAUGGAUAUCAGAGUCAGCGAUCCGCCUCCCAACCCUAGCUCAGGUCAUUCAUGGGAGAGUCGACCCGGCGGAAUCUGGUUACUAAGAGGCAAGUUCUCUGGCAUGAUUGACCAGGCUGUGACAGAGGUGGAAGUUCUCUUUGGUAUGGAUGCCCUCCAACUUAACGGUCAGCCAAAGGUCCCGGUUGCAAGACUGAGCGUACUCCACGGCAGGGCCAAGCCGAGACCAGAUGCUCGGGCGGCUUUAAGAGUCAGGGAGGAUGGCAAAUUCAAGAUUGUCCAGAUCUCUGACACGCACAUGGUCACUGGUGUCGGGGUGUGCAAAGAUGCUAUUGAUGCCCAUGGGAACAAUCUGCCAGAGAGCGAGGCUGACCCACUUACGGUUGGCUUCAUUGGAAGGAUCUUGGAUGUCGAGAAACCAGACCUUGUGGUUCUCACUGGAGAUCAGUUGCACCACGACAUCCCCGACAGCCAAUCUGCCCUCUUCAAGGUGGUUGCUCCUAUCAUCGAGCGUUCAAUCCCAUUCGCAGCCGUCUUUGGCAAUCACGAUAGUGAGGGUAUCCACGCAUUAUCACGCACGGCACAGAUGUCAAUACUUCAUAAUCUGCCUUUUAGCCUCUGCAAGUCAGGCCUAGAGCAUGUUGACGGCAUAGGCAACUUCUACCUUCAGGUCCUAGCUCCUACGCCAUCACAGCUCCCGUUAUCAACUUUAUAUUUCCUGGAUUCGCACGGUCAAAUACCAAGCAAGAUACACAAUCCCAACUAUGACCCUAUCAAGCAAAGCCAAAUUGACUGGUUCACAAACACUUUCCAAGCGCAACGAAGCGCGCGUGAGAAGGGCGAUAACGACAUCCGCUUUCAUCUCUCUCUGGCUUUCCUACACAUCCCUCUUCCCGAAUUCGGUGAUCGCCAUCUUAGUAUACGCAACAGCCACCGGAGGGAACCGUCUAAAUGUCCUAGCUUCAAUUCCCAUUUCUACGACACUUUGGUCAAAGGAGGCACAUCAGCAUUAGGUUGCAGGCACAAUCACGUGAAUGACUUUUGCGCUCUACUGCCACAACAAACGCAGCAGGAUGGCCACAAACCCCCUCAGCCUGGCCUUUGGCUAUGCUAUGGAGGUGGCAGCGGGUUCGGGGGAUAUUGUUCGUAUGGCGGAAUGCGAUUUCACCGACGAACGCGGAUUUGGGAACUCGAUACGAGUACUGGGAGCUUGAAGACUUGGAAGCGGGUCGAAUAUGCCAUGGACAGAGUUGAUGAGCUGGUGCUUGUGGAAAGUGGAUCGGUGAUUGAUCCUCUGAGAAAGAAGAUGAAGACAGAAGCUAUGUAG